AUGAUGAGCUUCGAUGGUGGCACAGCUUACGCCGAGUCCGACGCCGACGACGAAUAUGAGCGAAGCAUGGGCGACCACUCUCCUAUCACCAACUCUGAGCAUUCCCCCAUAGACUCCGAGCUGUCGACCUCCGCAGAGCAUACUCCUACUACAUACGGCCACCGCAGCAGCGCCGACCGUCUUCCAGAAACCAUCAUCACCGAAUGGACCGUUGAGGAAUGUGCUGAUUUCAUUGGCACCAUUGGUCUUCAACAGUACGCCGAUCGCUUUAUAGAAAACGAGAUUGUUGGUGAGGCCCUGGUAGCGUUACAACAUGACGAUCUCAAGAGCAUGGGCAUUGCUAGCGUGGGACAUCGUCUAACGAUCCUCAAAAGCGUAUAUGAUGUCAAAAAGGCUCAAGAUGUCCCUAUUGAGAGCGACCACUACCUACCCCUAUCCGCCGACGCCGAGGCGCAAUAUGCUACCGCAACUAUCAAGGACAUCAAACAUCUCGUCGAACAAUUCCGUCUCCGCGAUGAACGCAUGAACCUACUCGAACAGGAUCUGCGACGAAUGACAGAAGAUUUCAGACGAUUGCGAGAGGAUAUGCUCCCGGCCUUGCGCUUGGUCAAGGAUGCGCAGCAACCAUUGCCCAACCUGAGUGGUAACAGCCAGCAGGCCUACGGCUACGAAACAACCAUAUCGCCCCCCGCACCAACACCACCCCCAGGCUCGAGUCAAUCUGGAAGCUCAGUCAAGCGACAAUAUUCUACCCGCAAGAUUCUUAUCGGAGCUACACCAAAGAAUGCAUCACCCACUCAAUCUACCCACGAGAGGUCAAUAGCGGAGACUGCGCUGGACCCCGCAAGUGCUGCAGAGCGAGCUGUCCUAUCGUCUUCCCAUCUUGCAGCUAUGAACGGAGGUGGCCAGGGCUCGUCCUCCCCUUCGUAUCCCUCACCCAACAUACCCUCCCCGACAUCUCCUCAGACCCACAUGUCCGCUACGACCCUCGCCUCUCGAUCCUACCGCAGUGAAGCACCGACACCCUCCACACGAACCACCUUCAACGACGAAGGUCACGCCAACGCAGUCUAUGCCUCCCGCGAAAAGGCACCGCAAGGGCCGCCCCGCCGACGAGAAACCCCUGUACCUGAUACACCCAGUCAGAGCAAUGCUUCAGUCGAGAUCUUCAAGUCUUUCCGUGUCAGUAUGGAAGAUCCUUGCUACAAGGUUCUUCCUGCUGCACUAAAAAAGUACCAGAUCAACGCUCCAUGGGACCAAUAUGCUCUCUAUAUUGUGUACGGCGAUCAGGAACGUUGUCUGGGUCUCGAGGAGAAGCCAUUGAUUCUGUUUAAGCAACUGGACAAGGAAGGCAAGAAACCCAUGUUUAUGCUACGAAAGACAACAACAGCACCUUUAGAUGGAGAGCCAGGAAGCGCAGGGCUGGGCAGCACCUCAAGAGGGGCCCCGACAGGCUACGAUCCCCCCGGAGGAAUCAUCUAA